AUGGGGAGAAAUAGAAAGUCCAUGAUGUACUCGGAGCGAUUCUCCCCGCGGUACUUCCAGGUCAUUGUGUCAGGCGAGAUUGUCUCCGCCGUCAUCGAUGGAGGCCUGGGGGCUGGAGCGCUCGUGUGUAGAUACCUUUUCGUGCAUGGACCUGACUGGAGUAUCAUUUCGGGCGAAGAACAAGCGAUCUCGCAAACUGCGUACGCUGCACGAGGCUCACAUCUCGCUCUGGAGUUUCUGUCCUAUCCCCUGAACGCGGGUCCAGACCAAGUUGUUUGGAACCUCCCGUUCAGCCUCAUCUUCAAAUCCACAAAUCCGUUCGGCUGGCCACGCCUGGUGCUCUGCGUCUACGGGACCGACUGGCUCAACAGAAGAGUUCUCGUCGGGUACAGCUCCGUGCAUGUGCCAACCCAACCGGGACGGCACAUCCGCACGCUUCACCUCUAUUCGAUUACGUCCUCGUCCUGGCUGCAGAGACUUAUCGCCUGGGCGACAGGCUGCAGGCCGGAGUAUGUCGAUCCCCAGACGGCGGCGCGGAGCGAAGGCCGCGAAGUGGUACGGACACGCCACGCAGGCCGCGUCAAGGUCUGCUUCAACGUCCUCUCACGAGACCUUCAACAGCUUCAAUAUUCCCUUUAA